AUGGAAGUCGAGCUUUACGUGUACGACCUCUCCAAGGGUCUAGCCAGACAGCUCUCCCGCCAGUUCCUCGGCAUCCAGAUCGACGCCGUCUAUCACACGUCGAUCGUGUUCGGCGGCAUCGAGUAUUUCUACGGCGCCGGCGUUCAGUCGUGCUAUCCUGGUACAACCCACCAUGGAGCGCCUGAAGAAGUCGUCAAGCUCGGCAGCACGAGCCUGCCCAUGGACGUGAUCCUGGAGUAUCUCGAGUCGCUGAAAGAGGUUUACACCCCCGAGGCAUACGACCUGUUCGCACACAACUGCAACAAUUUCUCAAAUGACUUCGCCAUGUUCCUCGUGGGAAAGGGCAUCCCGGACCACAUCACAUCUCUGCCGCAAACAGUCUUGAAUACGCCGUUUGGCCAGAUGCUAAGGCCACAGAUCGACGCUGCCAUGAGAUCCGUGACCCAAGCUCCCGUUCCGCCGCAGAACGUGCCCAAUAGAGCGCCCGCAGCAGUGGCCAACGGCACCGCCAACGGCGUCACUAACGGCGCUGCGAACGGACCUUCGACUAGCGGAAAAUUUCACAAUGUGACAACCCUCCAAGAAGUUGACAAACUCCUCACAAGCGCCAAGGAUUCCUGCGCGGCCAUCUUCUUCACUUCUUCAACUUGCGCUCCCUGCAAGGUCAUGUAUCCAGCCUUCGAUGAGCUGGCAGAGGAGGCAGGUUCCAAUGGCGUCUUUAUCAAAGUAGACAUCAAUCAGGCGUACGAUGUCGCGGCCAAGUACAGUGUACGGGCCACUCCCACUUUCAUCACCUUCCUCAAAGGAAUGAAAGACGAUCAAUGGUCCGGCGCCAACGAGCCGCAGCUCCGUGGCAAUGUCCGACUUCUUGUCCAACAGGCCAGCAUGGGCCACCCACACACGCGUCUCGACCUCCCCAAGCUCCUCGGCCCAAGUCUUCAUCCAGUGACUUACGAAAAGGUCCCGCCACUGGAGAAGUUGAUUACGAAGAUGGGCGAGCACGGCAAGCACCCUAUAAUUGCCAUGGUUGCUGCCUUCAUUACCACUCGUCGUGACUCGGGCUCGCGUGAAGCGCCUCUGCCCUCCCUCCCUGACUUUGCCAACUUCCUUCACGACGCAACCUCUAAAGUCUCUCCCGAAAACCUCUUCGCGGCAUACGACCUGUUCCGCCUGACGCUCACAGACCCACGUGUAUCCGGCUUUUUCGCAGAGGAUAACGACGCUGCCACACUUGUUGCCUUGAUUUCGCACGUCAACAACCUCCAGGAUUGCCCGUACAACCUUCGCCUCGUCACCCUCCAAUUGGCUUGCAACCUCUUCUCGACAUCACUAGUGCGCACACAUCUACUCGCUCACGAAUCCUUCUCCGAGCUCCUCACCCACCUCCUCAGCGCUAGUCUUCUCGACGACAAGCAUGGGAAUGUGCGCAUCGCAGCGGCCAGCCUGGCGUUCAAUAUUGCCGCUGCUAACCACCGCAUGCGCGUCGAGGCAGACCGCGAUGUCCUGGACGAGAGUCAGCAAGUGGAGAUCGUGGCGGCGCUGCUUGAGGCUGUGGCGGUCGAGAAGGAGAGUAAAGAGGCCGUCUUGGCGAUGCUGACAAGUCUGGGGCUCUUGGUGUACUGCGCGGAUAUGGAAGGUGAAAUCGUGGACGUGUGCAAAGCCAUGGAUGCGAAGGGAACAGUACUUGCGAAGAUGGAGUUGUGCGACAAGGAUGACCUCGUAGUCGAAGUCGGAAAGGUGCUCUUAGGGAAGGGCCUAGAGAUGUAG